AUAAAAAGCAAAUUAACGAACUCCCAGUAAACUAAUUCAUGAAACCCAUUCUUCCUCCCCUCCGCUCCCUCCAUGGAACCCAGACCAUUUUUCUUUCUACUUUAUUUUCGUUUGUUUCUUUUGCCCCAUAAAAUUACAAAUCAUCACCAAAUUUCAUUAAUGAAUCUGACCUCAGUUUACGACCAAACUCACAGUCCUGCUUUAGUGAGACACUUUUUAAUUAAUGCGUUUACUCAUUCGGAUUAAAAUACUGCGUUUAGAUUAGACCAACCUAAUAACUGGUUGCAAAAUUCACACUCUUUCUUCAUCUACUCCAAUCCUCACAAACAGCGGUAAGAUGUUUCUCCCGUUAGGGUUUAAACGGAUGAUCAGUUCUUCUUGUACAUGAAAGUCAAUUCAAUCUAAUAGUCUAAUAGAAUUCAAAGUCAUAUGGACACAUUUGACUCCAGUUGAUCAUGUGAGUUCUAAUCAGUGAUAAGCAAUUUCGAAUUUCAUUUUGCAGCUUAGGCAGGAGCCAUAAAUGGCGUCAUUUGGACCAAUGAAAGUGGAGAUGGAGGACCCUCUCGAGGAACAGCACGCACCUCUCUGUAAACGAUCAAGGCUAUCUGACUCAUCGUCACUGACACUUGAUCAUCAGUGGAGUGUUGGAUGUUAUCAAUUCCCAGUUCCACCCUCACAGUACAACCCACUUGAUGAGCCUAGCCCAUUGGGUUUGAAGCUGAGGAAGAGCCCAUCUUUGUUGGACUUGAUCCAGAUGAGGCUUUCAGAAAGCAAUGCUUCACCGAUCUUGCCUGUUUCAAGUAAUCAACCUUAUGAAAACAAGAAGGAAGAGUGGGGAUCCUCUACUUUGAGCGUAACUGAUAAGUUGAAGGCCUCUAAUUUUUCUGGCUCACUUCUAAAAAUAGGUUCAUGGGAGUAUGUGUCAAGAUAUGAAGGUGAUUUGGUGGCAAAGUGUUACUUCGCUAAGCAAAAGAUUGUUUGGGAAAUACUUGAUGCCGGUUUAAAGAGUAAAAUAGAGAUCCAGUGGUCUGAUAUUAUAGGCUUAAGAGCAGACUGCCCUGAUAAUAGCUUGGGCACUUUAACCGUUGCGCUAGUUCGCCAGCCCCUUUUCUUCAGGGAAACUAAUCCACAGCCCAGGAAGCACACUCUAUGGCAAGCAGCGCCAGAUUUUACUGAUGGACAAGCUAGCAUAAAUAGGCUACACGUUCUACAGUGUCCACCAGGUGUCUUGAAUAAGCAUUAUGAGAAGCUAAUAAUGUGUGAUGCACGACUUCACUUUUUGAGUCAGCAGCCUGAAAUACUAAUAGAUUCACCUUAUUUUGAGUUGCAACACUCCAUAGUUGAUGACUCUGUCAAAUUUAAAGGCCAAAGUCUAGCUCUACUUGGUGCUUCGAGAGGAUCUCCAUCCGCACGUGUUCAAUGUAUGGCAUCAUCACCAGCUCCUGGACAAUCUUCUAUAAGUUUUGAGCAAGAUCUCAUCAAUGGAGCUCCUGAACACUCUUUCAAGAAUUCUCCUUCUCCCAGCUCAGUUAUGGAUACCUGCACAAUUGAGAGGAAUGGAAUAUACAUCAAAGGAAUGAAUGUUCUUGAAGGCAGAAAUUAUUGGGAACAAUUCAAAGCGUCUGGACUUCAGCGCCCAUCAAUUUCAAUGAAUGAUCUGGUCAACCGCAUCGAAAGUUGUAUCUCGGAACAGGUCAACUCGGGUAAUAUGCAUUUCAACAAGGCAUCAGAAUGCCAGGCCGUGUUGGAAAACGUUGCAAACAUUUUGAUGAGUGAUAAUCAAUGCGCAUCAGCUUCAGAUGAAAAAUCUCUCUUGAAAAGGGUUGAUUCUCUUUACUGUCUCUUGCAGCAGGAUACUGCCAGCCUGAACAGUUCCCCUGUGGUUGAAACUGAAAAACUGCACUUUGGUGGAGGAGAAGCUUCUUCACUUGAGGAGGAGGCUAAGGUCUCUGGAGAGGACAAUGGUAGGCAAGCUCCCUCUGUGAUAACGAGGAAUGACUCUUUUUCUGACUUGCUCCAUCAACUCCCUCGCAUUGCUUCACUUCCUAAGUUUUUGUUUGACAUUGCUGAAGAUAAUGGAAUACAGCAAUUCUCUCAGAGCACAGGGCAACAAGAGUUCUUUUAGGCAGGCAGCUCAUUGCUUUCUGUUCUGCAUGUUGACGGAAGCUGCCGCCUAGUAGCUAGCCAAUGGAUUUGAGGGAAAGGGUUUGUGGCAUUCGGAAAUUCACUUUUAUGAUGAUUCCCAUUGUCUUUCCCCUUUCGCGCGCUAUUGUAGUUAUUAUUAUUAUGUAGUGUGAAGUGCUUAGACAUUAAUUUAUUUAUUAAAUUGAUUAUUUUUGAAGGGGAGUCUUGCCCCUUGUACAUUCUUGUGUUGUGGCAGGACCCUCGCCUUGUGGGGAUGCUUCAUGCACCGGGCUGCCCUUUUUCCUUUUUAAAUUGAUUAUUUUAACUUCAGAUAUAAUAAUUUUAGUCGGGCAUUCUGAAAUCUAGCAACUGCAGUAUUCUUCAAUUAAUUGAU